AUGUGGAAGGAGGUUAGCAGCCACUUUGCGAGAGCUGAAGCUGGUUCAAAGGUGUCAGGACAAGGCAGCGCUGACUUUUGGGACUUUUGCGAUGGUCGAGCCGACGUGUACUUUUUGGACAGGUGGUGUGAGCACCGUCAAGCUGGACGUGAGUUCUGCUCUGCCAACUUGUAUCCCGAAGACGAGGACGACUCCACCCAAGAAGGUAACAAUCGACAACCAACGUCCCACAAUCGCAAGCGUCAAAAGCGGGACCAGACGGCUGUGUUCAAUGCUCUACUCGACAAAAUUAACACCUUAGUUGGCUCGGACGUAGACAAAGCUCAAGAAGACACUUGGCUUUUUUUUCAACAAACUUAA